AUGUGUCCACGUGAUGUUCCUUCAUUUAUUGAACUUGCACUUGAAAUUCAAAGAAUCAAAAAAAUUUGUCUGGUAUGUUAUAAUGAUAUAUGUGGAGAUGUAUGUAUUUGUCAUAAUUGUCCAACAUCAGAUGAUUCUAAUAUUACGAUUAUUAAUGAUUCUGAUUUAAUGUCUAUUUAUUUAUCAUUAUCGGAAAAAUUGUACAUAAUCAUGGUUUAUGGUCAACGAACUGAAGCCAGAGAGGUGCACGUGAAGAAUGUCGACGUGUGUGAAGAAACAAAGAAGAAAUUCAAAAGUUGA